GUUUGGUAGUUCGCUCUCCGACUGUCAUCUCAACCGAACCUGUUACUGAUAGAAGCUCUUAGGGUUUGGUGUUGUAGCUGUUGUUAGCGCCAAAUUAAUCUCAUGCUGAUUUACUGUAACUACUGUAUAGAUUAAGAUAAUUUAGAAAUCGAAUUACAUGAAAAUAUAUCAGCUGUUUCUGUCGGUGGUGGGGAUUGAGAUGCAAUUUGUAGUAGCAACUAGCUUGCUUGUACUACAACAACAAACCAUUAGCUAGGUUGGCUAGCUAGCUAGCUAGCUGCACAUCAGCAGCAGAGUGGCGGGGAUGUGGCUUCGUAAUGGGAAACGUUUUCGGAAGAAAAGGACGCCCCAGUCGAGUCACCGAGCAAGACAGAGCGGUUUUGCAACUGAAACAGCAAAGGGAUAAGCUGAGGCAGUAUCAGAAGAGGAUUACUCUUCAGCUGGAGAAAGAGAGAUCUCUUGCCAAGCAGCUCCUGAAGGAUGGAAAGAGAGAGAGGGCUCUUCUCUUGCUCAAGAAGAAGCGCUACCAGGACCGGUUACUGGACAAGACUGAGAAUCAGAUUGAUAAUCUGGAGCGCAUGGUGCAAGACAUCGAAUUUGCUCAGAUUGAAAUGAAAGUCAUUGAGGGACUGAAGAAUGGAAAUGAGUGCCUCAAGAAGAUGCAUGAGGUCAUGUCCUUUGAGGAGGUGGAGAGAAUUCUUGAGGAGACAGAGGAUGCUGUAGAGUAUCAGAAGCAAAUUGAUGAGCUGCUGGCAGGCUCUUUGACCCAGGAGGAUGAAGAGGCCGUGCUGCAGGAGCUGGAGGCCAUUACUCAGGGAGAAGAUGUAGAGCUUCCAGAAGUACCUGCAGAACCCUUGCCAGAGGCCCCGCAGCCAGAAUCAGAGAGAAAGCCGUCAAAAAGCCACGCUGAGAGAGAGAUGCUGGCUGCCUAGGUGAUCAGGGUGUCAUCAUCUGUGCCGCUUUCACAAACGCAGACCAAUUCCCUCAGACUCUUUCCCUCAUAAAGAUGUAGUCGAUGAUUUCGAGAAGAUCAAGACGGGCGCAUGAUGGGAAGCAUUUAGGUCAUCACACGUACAGUUUUUUGAAUUCGCUCAUUCAUAUUCAUAUUCAUAGGCCAAAUGGUGAUGGCUUCUAAGUCCCCUUUAGAUUUAGAUGUUUAGAUUUACCAGUGCAGUGUUUGAUUAAGGAAUUGUGCAGUAUUAUGAGUAAAUGAAGAGCAACUGGAAAGCUUUUUGGUUUGGUCUAAAGUCAUUGAAGUAUUGUAAUAAUGAGUUUAUCCAUAUGUAAUAUAUAAGUGUAAAUCAUGAUUGUGAUAGAACUUCCAAUCUAAUUUCGUCAAAGUCCCUCAGACACCAUCAGAAACACAUUAACCUUUCACUAGCAUGUUUUGGUAACACAAUGAAAUGUCCCCUUGAAUUCCCCCCUCAAAAGAUGAAAGAACAGACAUUUGUAGUGACAGAGUAAUGCAUCAAAUGUCAAGUGUAAUAGUCUCUGCUUUACAAUUAAGUUUUUGUAAAAUAAAGUAAUUCAUUUCUAACAA